AUGUCCACUGGUGGGUUCCAUGAUGUUUUUAGGCUAGACCUCCUGCCUCACACAUGUGCAUGUGCCCCAUUCCUAGAACAGCUCAUCCCAUCCCAGUCAUCGAGUCACUUAGAAAAAUAUGCGUCUCUGAAAAUAAGUGCUUCAGUAUUAUUCUUAGAGGAUAUACUGGGGAGUCUGAACUUCAGUUACAGUAAUGUAGCCCAGAAGUACCUCUCUGACAGCACUUUAUGGAUUUACAGGCCUGUUUUUAUAAGAACAGUGAAGGAACUUCUACAUGCAUCGACUUCUGGAGUGCUAAGGAUUGUUUCUUUAGUCUUUGGCCAGUGGUACAGAGUGUGGGUGAAUGUGGGAGAAGUCACAGGUACGCCACCACCGCCAUGUGAGAAGUACUGUGAUAAGAGUACUGAUUCAGGUGGUGGAGUUCUUUGGAUUUGUUUUGGCGUAGGAGUAAUAUUAAUGCUCACUCUGUUCCUCUUAAUGGUCUUGUUUAAAUGGAAGCACCUAAAGCAACUAAAAGAAAAACUGAAAAAUACAGACUCUUCUGUGGAGCCGAAUGAUAUUCUCAAGGUUAAUACUGAAAGCAGCGCGAACACAAAUGGAAUCAGACACUCACUUCAAAAUGAAACAUUAAUGUAUUCGGUGGAGGAAUGCACUUGUAGUGACUGUGGCUUGGUAGAAGCUCAAACUGGCUGUGAAACUUCAUUUCCAUUACCAGCUACAGAAGAAGGAGCUACUGUUCUAGUUACCACAAAAUCUUUUGAUUACUGCAACUAUAUUCUUGGUGCAGGGUGACUAUGAGAGAAAUAUAUAUUUACUACAUAAUAAUAAAUUAGUUAUUCCAAUAUAGCUAUUAAUCUUAAUAUUUGCUGUCAGUGGAGAAGCCUAGUACAUCAUGCUUGUCAUUUUUGCAUUUGACUUCCAUUGGUAGUCAUAUGAUUUCUAAUUAUAGUCUAUCUUUGGUCAAGUAAUUUCUACAUUGUGAGGUACCCAGCUAGUUGUUGGAAUUAGUAAUUUUUGGAAGUCUCUAUGUAGGAUGGCUCUUUCUGCCUUCAGAGACUGUAUUUACUUAGUAUAUUUACAUUUAUUUACUUAAUCUACAUGCAUAGCUGGAUAUAUACAAAUCCCAUCAAUAAACAAUUUUUCAGAUAUGUAUUUUAUAAUAAACACCAUGAUCAUGCUUGAAA